GACAUUUUUAUUGUUUAGCAUGAGUUUUGGUUAUUUAGAUACCCAAAAGCAUAGUUUCCAGUUGAAGAUGGGAAAAAUACUAUAAUGAAAUGUGGGCAUUAGGCACUGUGCACACUCGCUCACUUUGUGAUUGACAAACAGCCAGACAGAGAAAGAGGAGGGGGGUGGGGGUGAGUAAGAGAGAUAAUUCUCUCACUCAGACUAGACCAUUGCAUUGAAUGUCUUGGAAGUACUCAGAUUGAUGAGAUGAUCACUCAAUUUUUACACGUGUUGGAAACUAUGAGAAGAAAGAGGCCACGAUGAAAAAAUCCAAUACCCCAAAUCCAGUAUCAGAAGAGGAAUAAUGUCAAUACCAAACGGGACUGGAGAAACGGGCGCAAAGGACUACACCUAUGUACGGGUUUGUGCGUCUACCGUCUCCUUCAUAAUAUUGGCGUUCUUCAACAUCGUCAUUAACUGGACUAUAGUGCGCGAGGAGCGACUUCGGGGCCAUGCGCGCUUUGUGUUAGUUUUUCACCUGUUGAUGUCAGCUCUGGUGUACUUUGGGAUGUGCUCUGUUUUCUACCUCCAGAUUUACCUCGGCGCCAGGCUGGUGGCAUCCAUCUGUGUGGCCAUGGUAACUGUCCUAAUCACCAGCGCGUCCAAUAUACUCCUGACUCUCACUGCUAUGGCGCUGGACCGUUAUUUUGCUGUCUGUCACCCUAUGAAGUACAGUUCUGUCUGGCAUUGGCCCUGGUUAGUUGGACUACUGACGUGGGGGCUCGCGCUGGUUAUUCCCCUCACUCUGCUCCCCAAGACGGAGCUGGACGCAACUGGUCCAAAUGGGGAAUGUGGACGGGAACAGCUGAAGAAAGGUGAACUGAAAAAAAUCUUGCUGAUAUCUGUGUGUACGAUAUUGAUUCUGUACAGUUAUGUAAGGAUACUGUUUGAGGGGCGAAGGUUGGGGGUGAUAAAUCGACGCAAUAGUGUCGGAUGCAAGACCAUCGCCCUGCACUUUACUCAACUCGCCGUGUACAUCCUCCCCAACUUUGUGCUAAUAGUUAUCCAGAAACAAGAACACCUUCAGUCGGGGACCAAAGAACUGUCAGCGGUGGUGAGCUUUGCCUUCUUUAGUUUGGCGCAGUGCAUAGCACCAAUCGUCUACGGUUUGCGUAAAGAGGAACUCUUGGAGCAGGUGCAUCUCCGGUUCCCUUGUUGUUCCCGCCACCUGAAAAGCGUUCUCGAGUGGACCGUGCGUGCCACGACGCCUCGUCUGCAUCCACAGCCACGGGAAAGAACAUUGACAUCCCAGACACUCAUCUCACUGGAGCCUCCACAGACACCAGUAUGAGGGAAGAGGGAGCCCUCACUACUAACUCAACUACCCCUGUAACAGACCCAUCAGUAUGUCUCCAGUGCUCCAUAGGCUGGGCUAAAUACGUUUUGUACCAGACUGAUACUGCCACCCAAAUGCCAUGGAGACGCUGGUGGAAUGGAGGGUGUAGCAACUAGACAUCACAACACAUUUGGAAGCAUAUUGUAUAUCCAUACAGUGUGGAUUCACCCUCUUUUGCUGAUUCAUUCAUACAGUACUUGAAUAUCCAGCAUCUGCACAAAGCUGUGAAAGUGCUUCUGUUCUACCCAGGAUGUAGUGACUUUAUAGGAAUGGGUAUCACUAUGAACAUACCGGCCCCAGACCUGUAUUAUGUUAACUGUACUGUGUCAGAGAAGAGUCCAAUGAGGUUUUGACUAAUUGGACUGAAAAUAUACCGUACAAAACAGUGGCACAGCCAGAUAUAUGGGUGGGCCAAAAAUAUACACUACCGUUCAAAAGUUUGGGGUCACUUAGAAAUGUCCUUGCUUUUGAAAGAAAAGCAAAACAAAUGGUCCAUUAAAAUAACCCGCAAAACACCAGUCUCGACGUCAACAG